UCGAUCAUUUCGUGACAGCGUGACAACAUAGCAUCCGGAAUGACGAGGCCGGCGGUGGAGUCUUUCCAACAACCACUUACUUUGCCACGAUUGCGUCUCGUCGCCGCCCAUAGCGACAACACCUCGCCCUAACGGUGCACCUUGCCAUGCUUGGCCCCUUCCUAUCGUUAUUCUUUCUGCUUUUAGAGUUACCGGCGCCCUCGACAGCGUACUCAUGGCAUUUUGCUUCGACUCCAACUCAGUGCCAGAACCUCACUGUCAGCGUCUCUGGCAGUGACGGUAAAGGACCGUACCGCAUCCUCAUUGUUCCUUUCGGCUCAUCGCCGUUUGCAAACAACACAGAAGUGCGGCGAAUAUUGGACCAGAAGUUUACUUCAGACUCAGCGACAGAGGUUACCUUCCAGUUGAGUUAUCCUGCGAACUCGCAGUUCGUCGCAGUGGUCAGUGAUGCCACAGGAUUUGGGUCUGGCGGUACAAGUGUAGCUGCACAAGUCGCUUCCUCCGACGACACUUCCUGUUACAAUGCAUCCCAGGACGUCGCGCCUGACUUUGUCUAUUCCAUUGAACCGUCAAAUCAAAUAGUACAGUGCCAACAAACGCGCAUAUGGUGGGACCCUGCAACCGUCCAAGGCACACCCAAUUUCCUCGGCGUCAUCCCUGGUGGAGAAUCGUUUACUGUAUCGGAAGCCUCUGUAACAAACGUUACCAGUCAGGGAACAGGGUUUUCAUGGACACCUUCUAUACGCGGAGGGACAACUCUUUUACUAGUCGGUGGUGACGAUCGAGGAAACGGUACAGCGGGCAGUGCACUCUUUACUGUCAGCAGCGGCAUUUCGAACAACAGCACCUGUCUUAAUUCGGAAAGUCCAAGCUCGACACCUGGAACCCCUGCUGGAGGAAGUUAUCCUACGAGCACGAGCGGCGAAGGUACAGGCAGCAACAGUAGCAAUGGAAACAACACGGGUGCCAUUGUUGGUGGCGUCGUAGGUGGUGUCGUCGGCAUCGUUGCCCUUCUUCUCCUGCUGUGGUUUCUCCGGCGCCGACAUCGGCAGAAACAAGAAAAGGAAAAGACCGUGGAUUUACUACACGAGGAUGAUGGUGACGAACGGUCUCCACACUCUGCAGAGUUACCGCAGUAUUACGAACCGGAGCCGUUUAUCGUUCCAGAUCCGACUGUGGCGCCAAUAAGCCAAGUCCUAUCAGACAGGAGCGGGACACCUGACAUUCCGGGUUCGACGACAAGUAUGGGUGGAGCGAGGAAGGGCGGGUUCAGGUCGCUACGGCCUGUUAAUAUUAUUCAGCACGACGAUGCGGGUCCUAGUGGCCCCCCGAGAGAGGAGGAAGAGCCAGAGACCAUCGAGCUACCGCCUGCCUAUACGAAAAUUCGACAAUAGACACUUGUAUCUAUUGUUCAUUCAUUUUUCCGGCGUGGAUUUCCUUCUUUUUCUAUACCGUCAUUUUCAUGGUUGCGAGCAUACCACCUUUCGGUUAUUACCAUUUCAUUAUCCUCGUCAUUUUUGUUUUUAGGUCGCUAUCGAAUUCACUGCGCUUUAGACAUCCACGGACGGACUUUCUUCUUCCCGGGCAACCGCUCUUCGCUUUUCACCUCCCUUAUCCUUUGUGACAUAAUGUAGGAUAUUCCCCCUUCCGCAGUGUACGAUACACAUCGUGCGACUCUGUAUGCAACACUUACACGUCGACUCGAGUAAUUAAUAUGAUGGAACGCCAGCACAUUACUACGAUUUGAAAUAUCUAUGACAGAAGGCCGGCACUGUCACAUGCUCCAUCCCGAAGACC